AUGUUAACUCGUUUAAUGCUUCCGAUUAAGCAGGCUAAAUCUCUUAACUGCUCCACAAUCAGAUUUAUUUCUCAAGUUAGAUUAACACCAAAUAUGAAAACAUCAGUUGACGUAGGGAAUACAAAUGCCAUAGAAGGUAAUAAAAGAGUGGAUGCAAGAUUCAUGAAAAAAUUUCCAAGAAGCAGCACGUACGAUCCAUUCGAUUUUUCACUCGCAAGGCUCCAUCUGGAGAAGAAAUUUGGCUCCACGAAGCAAUCGAAAAAUGACAUGUUCGAUAAAUAUGGUAUAAAUCCACUAGACCUUUAUACCAGUCCAGAAGUGUUAUCGCAGUUUAUGUCCUCCACAGGCAAAAUACUGCAUAGAGAUGUGACUGGCCUAUCAGCAAAGAACCAGCGCCGUCUAUCCAAAUCCAUAAGAAGGGCUCAAGCCAUUGGUUUACUUUCGAAGACCCACAAAGAUGUAUCUUUCUUACCAACGAGGACAAGCGGUAAGCUGUGA